AUGGCGUCCAAGACGCCGCGGCCCAAGCUCCUCUGGAACGCGGAAAACAUCAAGGACGCGGCCGAGUCGGUCGGCAUAAGCGCCCUCAACGAGGAGGCCCUGAAGGCGCUCUCGCAGGAUGUCGAGUAUCGCAUCGGUCAGGUCAUCAUCGAGGGCCUGCGCCUCAUGCGCGCCGCCCGCCGCACGACCAUGACGGUCAACGACGUCGCCCUCGCCCUGCGCGUCCUCGACGUCGAGCCUCUCUUCGGCUACGACUCGACCCGACCUCUGCGUUACGGCGAGGCGAGCCUCGGCCCCGGCCAGCCGCUCUUCUACAUCGAGGACGAGGAGGUGGAUUUCGAGAAACUCAUAAACGCGCCGCUGCCCAAGGUCCCACGCGACAUGCACUUUACCGGUAACAACCCGACGACGGCCGAGUCGCGGUCGCAGGAUCUGCUGCCCAAGGGGCCCGGCGCCAACCCCGCCCUCCACGCCCUCGCCGGCAGCGACAACGUCUCGGUCAAGCCGUCGGUCAAGCACAUCGUCAGCAAGGAGCUCAUCCUGUACUUUGACAAGAUCCAGGCCGCCAUCCUCGACGACAACCCCGACGAUGAGGUCGUGCGCCUGCGUCAGGCCGCCCUCGGCUCCGUCCGCGACGAUCCCGGCCUGCACCAGCUCAUCCCCUACUUCAUCAACUUCAUCAUGGACCGCGUCACCCACCACCUCGACGACACCUUCACCCUCCGCCAGAUGAUGGAGCUCACCAACGCGCUCAUCGAGAACAAGACCCUCUUCCUCGACCCCUACGCCAGCUCGCUCUCGGCCCCGGCCCUAACCUGCCUCAUGGCCCGCAAGCUCGGCGGCGACGACGGCGUCGACGCGCUCAAGGAGCAGUACAACCUCCGCCAGCUCGCCGCCUCCCUCGUCGGCCGCAUCGCCCGCAAGUACUCGGCCUCCAACACGCUCCUGCGGCCCAAGCUCACGCGCACCUGCCUCAAAUACCUGCUGGAUCCGACGAAGCCCCCGGCCGUGCUGUACGGCGCCAUCCAGGGUCUGCUCGAGGCCGGCGGGCCCGAGGCCAUCCGCGUCCUCGUCCUGCGCAACCUCAAGGCCUUCGACGCCGGUAUCCUGCAGCCGCUCAAGGAUAGGCCGGAGAGCGCCAUGGACUACGAGAUGCUCGUCCAGGGUCUCGUCCAGGCCGUCGCCUCCCUCGCCAGCCGGCCCGACGGCGUCGAGACCAACGGCGUCAACGGCAGCGUCCAAGCCGCAGCCUCCGACGUCGCCGAGCUCGCCGAGUUCGUCGGCCCCACCGUCGCCGAGAGGGUCGUGUCCUCCGGUCAGCGUGCGCUCGCCAGGACGAUUCUGGAGGCUCGCUUCAUGGACUGA